AUGGGCCAGCAGCCCUCCUCUACGUCCAAGAAACAAAAGAAGGGCAAAGACAAGGAGAAGGAGAACUCUGCCGAAGCAGCCAGCGCAGAUGGUCAGCCCGACGACAACAGCGAGAGUACUCCCCAAGGCAGUCUUUCGCGUGCCACAGGCGCAGGGACCUCAGAGUCAGAAACUGCUGUAGAUUCAAUAUCUACCGGAGGCUCGAAGUUGACUCCACAGUCCGGUUCUCCCACCUCCUCCAACAACGAUCAUUCCACCCCAACAUCAAGUAUAGCCCCCGCCGCUUCACCGAAACCGCCCCCGGCACCCCUCGAUAUCCCCGCUACCCAAACGAUAAUGACAUCUUCGACACCGUUUACCCCGGAUUCAGCUAGCAGCAUGCCCCAAAGCGAGUCUUUAGGCGCCAAGGACAGGUCAAAGUUCGACGUAGACGACAUGAUACAUCGACUUCUCGAGGUCGGGUACACGGGCAAAGUUAGCAAGUCGUUAUGUCUGAAGAAUGCCGAGAUUACAGCGAUAUGCCAGGCUGCUCGCGAAGUAUUUCUGGCCCAACCGACACUCAUAGAGCUUUCGCCGCCUGUCAAGAUCGUUGGAGAUGUACACGGUCAAUAUUCUGAUCUCAUUCGUUUGUUUGAGAUGUGUGGAUUUCCUCCGGCAGCAAACUACCUCUUCCUUGGUGACUACGUGGACAGGGGCAAGCAAAGCCUGGAGACUAUCUUAUUACUCUUGUGUUAUAAGGUUAAAUACCCCGAGAACUUCUUCCUCCUCCGAGGCAACCACGAGUGCGCAAAUGUGACGCGAGUGUACGGCUUCUAUGAUGAAUGCAAACGAAGAUGCAAUAUCAAGACAUGGAAGACGUUUAUCGACGUCUUUAAUUGUCUCCCUAUCGCUGCUGUUGUCGCCUCAAAGAUCUUCUGUGUCCACGGAGGCCUCUCACCAUCAUUACAUUCCAUGGAGGACAUCAAGCGGAUACAGCGCCCAACCGAUGUUCCAGACUACGGCCUGCUUAACGAUCUUCUAUGGUCCGAUCCCUCGGAUACUGCGAUCGACUGGGAAGACAAUGAACGCGGUGUCAGCUAUUGUUUUGGCAAGGGAAUCAUAAACGAAUUCCUUCAGCGGUAUGAUAUGGACCUAAUAUGUCGUGCACAUAUGGUGGUUGAAGAUGGUUACGAGUUCUGGAAUGAUCGAACGCUUGUUACGGUCUUCAGCGCUCCGAACUAUUGUGGCGAAUUCGAUAAUUACGGUGCUUGCAUGAGUGUCUCCGAAGACCUUCUGUGUGCGUUCGAGUUGUUGAAGCCGUUAGAUCCCGCUGCUUUACGGAAAGAAAUGACCAAGGCUAAACGAAAGAGUUUGAUGGCAACGGCGCAGUAG